GUAUAUAAUGAAAUGGGAUAUCACCCUUCUUUGCACUCUAAUCAGUAAUCACAACCAACCAACGUAGUUAUGGCGUCCUAUUUACAUAACUAUGUUCUUGCUAUUUUACUUUUGGCCAUAAUCCAAUUUAAAGCCACUUCUGCAAGCUCUCACCACCACCACCACCACCUCAAAUCCCUUCACUUCUCGCUGUUUCAACAUGAGACCAUAAACAAAACCGGAUAUAUCAUAGUGGAGGGUAUUAGUAUAAAAGGAGGAGCAGGAAUCUCUCAAACUACAACCCCCUUUGGAACCUUAUUUGUCUUUCAGGACCCUUUGACUGUUGCAGCCAAUAGAUCCUCCAAACUAGUUGGGAUUUCAGAAGGAACUUCCAUCACAUCUAGUGUUGACGGGCUUCAAAGCAUUUCAAUUGCAAAGCUAACUCUGCGUUUGAAGCACCACAAGGGCUCUAUUUCCGUUGUUGGUGCAAUAAAUAAUAUCAAACCCUCGAACCUUCCAGUGGUAGGAGGCACUGAAGAUUUCAUGUUUGUGCAAGGCUAUGUCACUUCUUCUCCGGUUGAUCUUAAGGGUCUUACUGUUGUCUACAAGAUUGAGUUUCAUCUUUACUGGCCUCCAUAUGCAACUCAUCACGCCUCAUGAACUAUUUUGCAUGGCCACAAUCUAGAUAUGCUGUGAAUUUUGAAGUUGCUUAAAUGGUCAUGAACCUAAUAAUAACCCAGUUCGAAAGGGUAACAUCCUUUUUUGUUUGAAAAAUUACCACCUGUAGGUUUUGUUGUCCUCGUUCGAAUUUGUUCUCACUAGUCAGUAAUUUGUAUUGUAUUCCUAAGAUGCUAUUCAUGUGGUUACUCUUCCAUUUUCUCGUCUGUUUGUUUCAUUAUUAUUUUAGCACUGAAAUGAAGUAAUGAUUUAGUAUCAUAUCAGCAACCUCAUUAUUA